AACAGCAAAAAGAUAAUAAUAACAAAUCACAUAUUAAAAUCACGCGCUUGCAUACAAACAGUUAUACUCAGCAAACCCGCUCCUCUUCUCCUCCACGCAACCUUCUCUCCGGCGAACUGUAACCGUCACAUUCCGGCAACUUCUCCGGUCACUUCCUCAACCAGGUUUACAACCGUCAAUUUUGAUCCGAGAUGUGAUACAAUGGUGGCUAACGCAUCAUCACGGCUUCCGUCUCCGUCGAAACCGAAGCGUUCGCCGUUGUCACCUUCCGAUGCUGAUAACAACGGUUAUUCUCUGCCACGUGGACCGAAAUAUAGAGAGGUUAGUUCACGAUACUUGUCUUCUACUACAAUGACGUCAUCUUCAUCGUCGUCGUCGUCGUUGUCGGUUUCUUCUACUACAACGACGUCGUCUUCGAAUUCGAUUUGUACGCCGAUGAGGCGGUUUCCGUCGCCAUUAGUUUCGUCGACGACGAAUAGUAAACGAGCUCAGUCUGCGGAACGGCGUCGUAUUGCGACUCCAUUAGUUUCGUCGACGAAUCUGAUGACGCCGGCGGUGGAGAUGAGUAGUAAACGAGUUCAGUCUGCUGAACGGCGUCGUAUUGUGACUCCGUUAGUUUCGUCGACGAAUCUGAUGACGUCAGCGUCGACGGAGAAUAGUAAACGAGCUCAGUCGGCAGAACGGCGUCGUAUUGUGACUCCGCGGAUAGGCGAGAUGAUGGCCGGUGAGAAGAUGUUAACGAAAACGCCGGUGAGGAGUUUAUCUGUCUUGUUUCAAGGGAAUUCGGUUGCGUGUCCGGCAAGUAAGGUGUUGUUGAAGUCGUAUUCUGGUGGUUCUAAUAAUAAUAACAGACUCGGUACACCAGAGAGGAAGGCUGCGACUCCUGUUAAGAAGUUAGGGGAUUCGAAGCCUAUUGAUCAGCAGCGGUGGCCGGGGAGAUUAAAAAAAAAGGGUAAUUGCACGGUACCCCUGACCGCGGAAGGGAUCUCCCUUCCCAGUUCACCACCCGACAAGGAUCCCUGGCGGUAAAUACCCAUAGCCAUCAAAGAGGGGUAAGAAACAUGUUUCAAACCCGAGACCUCAAGUGUCCUCGGUCCGGCUUUAAAGCGGGUGUCGGUGGCCACCAAAGUGGCACUAAUGGGAAUUGAACUUGGGUCUCCAUUGGAGAACCCAAGUCACUCCACCACUAGGCCACUUGUGGUGGUU